UAAAGAAAUUACUUGACGUUUGUGUCUUCUAAAUUAUAUUUUCCAAGAUGGAAUUAAAUCCCUUACAAGCUCCACUCCAAUUAGAACGAAUUUGUAGAGCUUGUUUAUCUGAGAGAAGUGAUAUGAGACCACUUUUUGGCGCUUGUCUUGACGAAAUGCUUGUAUCUUUUGCAGGUAUUCAAGUUGCUGAAGGUGAUGGUUUACCAAAUUUAAUGUGUGUUCAAUGUAUUUUACAAUGUAGUCGAGCUUAUACGUUUAAACAACUUUGUGAAAAGUCUGAUAGAACUUUACGGCAGUAUACUUCACCAGAAUUUCAGGCACAGCUAGCAGAAACUUUACAAGAAGCUACACAACCAACCGAAGAAAAUAAAGAUGAGCUUGAUGAUCAAGUCGUGUCUUUUAGCGCCGAUCAAAUCACGAAUGUGGUUGUUCAAAUAGCAAAUAUUGAAAAUGAUGAUACUCAACAAUUGACCGAGGAAUAUGUAGAAUAUGAGAUGCCAGUCAAACAGGAAUUAUAUGAAAUUAAAUUAGAGGGUGAUUUAAACCAACAUAAUAUAACAACCGUUACAAAUAAUCAACAAAUUGAUGAUAACCAUUGCAACGAAGUGGUUAUUUUAGAAGAAAAUCAUCAACCAUCAAAUCAAGAUGUAACGAAGCAGCGGUAUCAAUGCAAUAAAUGUAAUGAAUCGUUUGCAUUACGAGUCGAUUAUAAGGUUCAUAUGAUGUCCCAUCCAAAAGAAUUAGAUUAUGUUUGCGAGGUAUGUAACAAAGCAUUUCCCGAAGCACGCAUUUUGAAACGUCAUUUAAAAAUUCACAUGGAAAAUAAACCGCACAAAUGUGAUAAAUGUAACAUGUCAUUCGCUGAAAGUUCCAAUUUAAGUAAGCAUAAAAAGAAACACACCGGUGAACUGCGUAACAUAAAAGGAAAGCCACAUUUGUGUUCAGUUUGUGGGCGUGCAUUCAAAUGGGCGUCAAGUUUAUCCAAACAUAUGAAAUACCAUACAGGACAUAAAUUAUUAAGUUGUAAACAUUGUGCCAAACAAUAUGUAGAAGCGAGAAGUUUACGAAUACAUUUACGUUCGCACACUGGAGAACGGCCUUUUGUUUGUACAAUUUGUCAGAAAGGUUUUACACAGUUGUGUAACUUGGAGAAACAUGUUCGUAUUCAUACUGGAGAAAAACCGUAUUUAUGUAAUAUUUGCGGGAAAGGUUUUACACAAUCGGGAUAUGUGGCAAUUCAUAUGCGUACGCAUACUGGGGAAAAACCUUACAAGUGUUUGAUUUGUGGGCGUGCUUUUGCUGGAUCGAAUACCUUAGCAAUACAUGUUCGUACACAUACAGGUGAAAGACCUUUCCGUUGUAACAUAUGUGGUAAAUCAUUCAGUCGUCAUGAAUCAUUAAACAUCCAUACUAGAUCGCACACAGGACAUAAACCACAUGUAUGCGGUGUUUGUCAUAAAGCAUUUGCAUCAUCAGGUCAUCUAAAUGGUCAUAUGCGUAGCCAUACUGGUGACAAACCACAUGAGUGUGUUGCAUGUGGUAAACGAUUUGCUGGUUCUAGUAGUUUAAAAGUACAUAUGCGUACACAUUCUGGUGAAAAACCAUAUGAAUGUAGAUUUUGUGGUAAAAGUUUUGCACAAUCUGGUGCGUUAACGACACAUGUCUAUACUCAUACAACAAUUAAAGGGAGAUUUAAUAAGUCGGAUACAACGGAGGAAUUACCCACUAUAACUUUGCCAGGUGAAAAUGUUCAAGUACCAACGAUAUCCAGUAUAUAAACUAAAUUCUAAGGCGUUUACGUAAUACCUAUGGGCAUUGAAUAUGAUAAUAUACAGUGUGUUCCAUUCAAAAAUAGACAAAUAAAAUCAUGAUUUAAAAAAAAAUCUGACAAAAAUAUUUAUAAUAUUAAACGAGCGCGUAAAAACUGAGCAAUACAAAUUUCAAAAGAAAAUUUCGACAAUCAAUCUUUACUUUGAAAGGUUAGAGUUCAGAAAAUACAAGUUUGGGCGUGAAUUGGAAUCAGAAUAUAUUCCAAGAGCUGGUGAGACGUUUAGAGCACGGAUAUUACCCAUCUAGUUAUAAAGUUUAAAAGUAUCGUCUAUAAUAGUUGUAUAGGUAAUGAUAAUUAUUCUCGCUGGCAUUCAUAAUUGGGACAAGUACUGUGCAAGGUAAAAGUAAGGUGAAAUAUAAGUGGUGGGACACCGAACCAGACCAUAACAAUGAUAUUGUUUAAGAUAUUAACAAAAAUAUUUUUGACCCACACUAAAAUUUUAAUUGCGUGACAAGUAUAUUUUUUAAAUAAUAAUUCCAAAAAACCAAAUCGUUUCGUUGGCGCAAUGAUUUGCCACACACUGUAAAACAUAUACCUUGAAAUAGAGUGAGACCGAAAUCGGGAAAAAUGAAUAUGAGAGAGAUAUUUUAUUGGCAUAGAGCAUUCAUGUGCUUUGAUUGGUAAUAUGUAUACUCUUAAGUCGAAAUAAACGCAAAAGUUAUACCAUUCUAGGUGUUAUUACUAUAACAUUAAGUGUGAAACACAUAUAAUGUUAUAGCUAUAACACGUGUAUUUUUUGUGGCGCUUAGUGUACUACCGUAUAUCUUUAUUUAUUUAUGUAGUAUGCCAAUAAA